AUGAAGUGGACGACAGUUUUAGUAGCGGCAGUGAUGGCCAUUGUACAGGUGCAAGCUAAAGACGACCUCGCCCCUGAUGCAAAGCUACGUAUUGGUGUCAAGUAUCGUCCAAAGGAGUGCACUAUGAAGAGCGAACUAGGCGACACGCUGUCGAUGCAUUACACGGGUACAUUGCGCAAAGACGGCUUUAAGUUCGACUCGAGUCUGGAUCGCAACCAGGCGUUUGAAUUUGAGCUUGGUGCUGGUCGUGUCAUCAAGGGAUGGGACCAAGGACUUGUGAACAUGUGCAUUGGUGAGAAGCGUCGUCUAACGAUUCCUUCGGACAUGGCGUACGGCGAUAGUGGCUCUCCCCCAAAGAUUCCUGCCAAGGCGACGUUGGUUUUCGACGUCGAGCUGCUUGACAUCAAGCGCGACAAUGACGAGCUGUAG